GGGAGAGAGAGAAAAAAAGAAUGAGAGAGAGAGAUUGAUGAGAAGCUUGGGAAAAUAUUCAGUGGAAAAAUCUGUAGAAAUGAUGUAAGAGAAAGCAGAGGCAGGGAUUGGAGUAAGGGGUGUAUAACUGAGACUAUAAAAACUCAGAGAGAAAACUCACCAUCAGAGCUGAGUUUGGGAGAAACUGCACAGAGAGGAAUCUAAAGUUAGAAUCUCCUGACUUUUCACAAGAUGCUGGACUGGAGAUUGGCAAGUGCACAUUCUAUCCUGGCUUUGACGGUGAUUCUCUGGAGCUCAGGAAAAGUGCUCUCAGUGGAUGUCACGACAAAGGCCUUUGAUUCUGGAGUCACGGGUGUUCAGUCGCCACCCACAGUCAGGGAAGAGAAAUCAGCCACUGAUCUGGCAGCAAAACUCUUACUUCUUGAUGAACUUGUAUCUCUGGAGAAUGAUGUGAUUGAAACAAAGAAGAAAAGAAGCUUCUCUGGUUUCGGUUCUCCCCUGGACAGACUCUCAGCUGGCUCUGUGGAUCACAAAGGUAAACAGAGGAAAGUAGUAGAUAAUCCAAAAAGGCGAUUUGGUAUCCCCGUGGAUCGGAUUGGCAGAAACCGACUUUCAAAUUCCAGAGGCUAAAGGAUUGCAAUUACUCAACUUCCUUGGGUGAAAUGUCACAGAAACAAGGAAGAUGCUUCAGUGAAGGUCUUCGUACUCCUUAUUGAUUAAACUUUUAAGAAAACUUCUGUAAUCCUUUCCAGAGCUUGAACUUCAGUUCAUCAUAUCACAGUAUUGUUAUAGUUUCAAUUAAAUUAUGCAGAUAAUUUCAGUGCAUAGAUAUUUUAAAAAUAUAUAUUUUAAUCAUUCUUAAAUGGUUGCUUGGCCCCAAAACUUAACUUUUCUAAGAAACAAUCAAAAAACACAAUAUAGUGAAAUGCU